ACCACAAUUUCUACUCUCAUUCUCUCCGUUGGUAGCGAGGUAGUUCCGUUGUCGUUUUUCAUUGCUGAUCGUUGUGUAGCGAUACAACAGAGCAAACGCAAAGCGGACGAAAUCGUGACUUAUUAACUAGGCCAUUUCACUACCUUAAGCUGUUCAGUGCUUUCUUGAACGUACGAAGAAGAAAACAGUGUAAGCUAAUCACAUCAGAAACUCCAUCAUCAUCAUCGCCAUGCAGCUUAUUUCGGGACUCGUGAAAACAACGCUACCGAAUUAUUUCUCUGCGCUGCCAAUUCCGGACAGUUUCGGCGGUUGGUUCCGGUUAGGAUUUAAGGAUUGGCUAUCGCUAGUCCCACCGUCGGCCGCAGUCGCCGGUGUCGUGUACAUGUCCUAUUUGGCGUUCUGCCCGGAGGCGCGGCCGAAACAAUCGAAAAAGGUGAAUAACUCGGUUCGUCUUGAUGAGCCCAAGGUAGUCGAUAUGAUCGAUAUCGAGGAUAUCACCGAAAAGGCUGCUUUCUGUCGAUGCUGGAAGUCUAAAAAUUGGCCUUAUUGCGAUGGUUCGCACGGACCGCACAACAAGGAGUGUGGCGACAACCUUGGUCCGGUGGUGGUGCAGCGAAAGAAAAACUAAUCGCGCAACCUAAACACACUUACGCGUCUCCUAGUGUCCAGAGGGGUGUUGUAUUCAUUGCAAGUAGAAAAAAGACGAAAAUCACAUGUUCCAAAAUACUUUGCACUUUGCUUUUAAUUUGCAUAUUGUUCUUUCCGAUUUAAUGAAAGUUUGGUCAGUCGGAAUUCGGGCCAAUGCAUAGCAUGGGCCUGAGGCAAAAUUAAAGUGCUCAAAGAGAGAAAUUUCGGGAGGAAAAAACUUACUGCUUGCCAGUGGCUUACAUAUUUGUUAAUUAUCAAAAACACCUGGUGCUCGAUGCAGGAAUCUACGGUAUACUGUCUGUUCGUCUUUGUUCUGUCAUUCGCCAAGUUUAUCUGGUUUUCUUAUCAUUCGUAAUUGUAAACACAUUUUUGAAAUGCAAAAAUAAAACACCAAACCUUCA